AUUGUCGACAUCCUCACAGGGAAAAUUAUUGUGGGCCAUGCCUUAUUUAAUGAUUUCCAGGUUCUUGACAUCUCCGUCCCACCACAAAUGAUUAGGGAUACCUGUUCCUGUAGAUUGCUGAGAGGGUUGUAUAACGCCUCCACUAGAUGCAAUGUCUCUUUGAAGAAACUGUCUCGGAAACUUCUCAAUAGGACCGUACAGUCUGGAAGAAUGGGUCACUGCUCUGUAGAGGACGCUUGUGCUGCCAUGGACCUGUACAAGCUGGUAGAGGACCAGUGGGAAAAGAACAUCCUGCCCCAGGAUUCAAACACUGACCAUACCUCAAACCCCAACAACAACAACCUUGAGGACUACAUGCAGGACCAAUACUGGCCAGAAAGCAUAAUGGACUGCAGCCCCUAAGACCAAGAGUUAGGAUAAUGAUGCCAACCUCAAUGCUAAGAACCGUCUUUGUUGGUUAAUGUUAUUUAAACCUCAAACUUUUCUAAACAUGUUAACAGUCAAUAAGGAAAUACAUGGAAAUGUUGUAGAACAUUAACUUGUACUUGAAAAGUUUAUUUAAAUAACUUAAACUUUGACUCUGUAAAAGUUGAUAAUGUUUAUUAAGGGAUUUUAAAUAUUAAAGUUAAUAACAGGUUUCUAAAUUUACACAGACUGUAUUUUAGGGAAUAACUCCAUUGUGAGUUUUCAUCUGUAUGAUAAUGUGUAAUGUUAAUGACAUUAUGCUGCUAGUUAGCACUAACCACUCAUAUAUUGUCAUACUGACCAUGCUGUUCAUCCAAAAAGUACUGUCAUGUGAAAACUUUAAAUACAGAAUGUUUAAAUAAAGAUUAUGGAAAAAAAUGUUCUUGAACUCCAAAUCAAUUUAUAGCAUUUCUUUCAAGGUAGGUAGUGAAAUUUCUUCAAAAAAAGAAGUCCCUGUCAAAC